UGAGGCGGCCCGGGCCUGGCGGGAGCAGCCGGGCCAUGCCGAGCAGGCCGCCUCGCCAGUUUGAAAGUACCUCUGCGCUCCCGACCGCGCUCCCUAAAUGGUUGUCGCUUCCCACCUCCCACGGAGGGAUGAGUUAGGCUGGAGCUGGCGCCGACGCGGGUCCCCGCGCAGAGCCCUCGGUAAGCCAAGCAUGUCAGAAAGCUGGCAGCAGCAACAGCAGCAACCACAGCAGCCGCCGCCACCGCAGCAGCACCACGCUGGGGCAGCCGCCCUCCCAGAGCACUCCAUCCCUCCCAGCACUGCUGACAACCCCCUGGGCUGUGCCGUGUACGGCAUCCUGCUCCAGCCAGACCCUGGACUGCAGCACCACCAGCACGCCCCCAUCCAGGCUGGAGAGCCAUCCCACAAGUGCGGUGUGUGUGGCCAUGACCUCGCCCACCUCUCCAACCCCCAUGAGCACCAGUGCUUGCCAAGCCAUGACCGCUCUUUCCAGUGUACCCAGUGCCUGAAGAUCUUCCACCAGGCCACCGACCUCCUCGAACACCAGUGUAUCCAGGUGGAGCAGAAGCCCUUCGUGUGUGGGGUUUGCAAGAUGGGCUUCUCCCUCCUGACCUCGCUGGCGCAGCACCACAAUGUCCACAACGGCAACGCCAUGAAGUGCUCUAUUUGUGAGAAGACCUACAAGCCUCCCGAGGUGGAGCAUUCACAGCCUCUCGACCCCUCGGAGAAGCCCUACAGCUGCUCCAUCUGUCAGAAAACCUUCAAGCACCUCUCGGAGCUGUCCCGGCACGAGCGCAUCCACACGGGCGAGAAGCCGUACAAGUGCACGCUGUGCGACAAGAGCUUCAGCCAGUCCUCCCACCUGGUGCACCACAAACGGACGCACAGCUCGGAGCGGCCCUACAAGUGCACGGUGUGCGAGAAGACCUUCAAGCACCGCUCCCACCUGGUGCGCCACAUGUACGCCCACUCGGGGGAGCACCUCUUCAAGUGCAACGUCUGCGAGCUGCACUUCAAGGAAUCCUCGGAGCUGCUGCAGCACCCCUGCACGCCCAGCGGGGAGCGGCCCUUCCGCUGCGGGGAGUGCCAGAAGGCCUUCAAGCGUCCCUCGGACCUGCGGCAGCACGAGCGCACGCACAGCGAGGAGCGGCCCUUCAAGUGCGACCUGUGCCAGAUGAGCUUCAAGCAGCAGUACGCGCUCAUGCGCCACCGCCGCACGCACAAGGCCGAGGAGCGCUUCAAGUGCAACCUGUGCGAGAAGGGCUUCGUGCAGCCCUCGCACCUGGUGUACCACCAGCACGUGCACGGCAUAGAGAACCUCUUCAAGUGCAACGUGUGCCAGAAAGGCUUCAACCAGUCCUCGGAACUGCUGCGGCACAAGUGCGUGCAGAACGCGGAGCGGCCCUUCAAGUGCGCGGUGUGCAACAAGUCCUACAAGCGGGCCUCGGCUCUGCAGAAGCACCAGCUGGCCCACUGCGCCGAGAAGCCGCUCAAGUGCACGCUCUGCGAGAGACGUUUCUUCUCCUCCUCGGAGUUCGUGCAGCACCGCUGCGACCCGGCCCGCGAGAAGCCCCUCAAGUGCCCCGACUGCGAAAAGCGGUUCAAGUACGCGUCGGACCUGCAGCGGCACCGGCGCGUGCACACAGGCGAGAAGCCCUACAAGUGCUCCUCCUGCGAGAAGGCCUUCAAGCAGCGCGAGCACCUCAACAAGCACCACAGCGUGCACGCCCGCGAGCAGCAGUACAAGUGCAUGUGGUGCGGGGAGCGCUUCCUGGACCUGGGCCUGCUGCAGGAGCACAGCGUGCAGCACACGGCCGAGGGUGCCUACCAGACAGAGGUCCAGGUCAUUGGAGAUGAGGAUGACGAUGGUCUGGAGAUAACUCCCUUCGAUGCCGAGGAGGACGUGUCCGAGGGGGAGCCGGAGAGCACCCCGGAGCAGUGGGCAGGACAACGAGUGCUCAGCUGGCUCUCACAGGGCUUCGAGAGGAUUUUGCCGCAGCCAGAGGGGAUGAAAAAGCCGGAGACAGAGCCGAAGGAGAAGAGCGAAGGCGCGGUGGAAGGCACAGAAGGGACUAAAACCCAGGAGAAGUCUAAACCCAGCGCUCCAGGCGCUCCAAGCACCACAGCGGCAGCGAAGGCAGCGGCAGCCCAGGGCCAGCCGGAGCCAGGGGCUGCCCUGAGCCCCCAGCCCGGGGCUGGGGAUGGCACCAGGAUGUUCAGCUGGUUUAUCCAAGGGCUGGAGAAGGUGAUGCCGCAGCCAGUGACCAGGGAGAAGCAGGACACACAGGGAGUGGCCACAGCAACCUCGAGUCCUGUGGAACAAAUUCAUGCAGCCCCUGGGCAGCAGGAGGAAACCCAUCUCAUCCUGGAAGAGAUGGAGGAUGGCCAGAUGAAUGAAGAGAUGACAGCCUGGGCUCAGGAGGCUGAGCUGCAGGCAGAUCCUCAUUCCCUUCCCACCAUACAGGAGGAGCCUCAGGAAGAAGAACCCAGAAUCUGUUUGUGCUCCCCAAACACUGCCAAGGGGGAUGAAGAAAAGGAGGAGGAGGAGAAGAAAGAGGAGGAGGAGGAGGAAGAGAGGAAGAAAGAGGAAGAGGAAAGGAAGAAAGAAGAAGAGGAGAGGAAAAAAGAGGAAGAGGAGAUGAAGCAAGAGGAGGAGAGGAAAGAAGAGGAGAUGAAGCAAGAGGAAGAGGAGAGGAAAGAAGAGAUGAAGCAAGAGAAAGACAGGAAAGAGGAAGAGGACAGGAGAAAGGAGGAAAAGGAGAGGAAGCAACAGGAGGAGGACAGGAAAGAGGAGGAAGAAGAGAGGAGGAAAGAGGAAGAGGACAGGAAAAAUGAGGAAGAGGAGAUGAAGCAAGAGGAGGAGGAGAAGAUGAAGCAAGAGGAGGAAGACUGGAAAAAAGAGGAAGAGGAGAGGAAGAAAGAGAAGGAGGAGAACAGGGAAAAUGGGGAAGAGGAGAGGAAGAUAGAGGAGGAGGACAGGAAGAAAGAGGAAGAGGAGAGGAGGAAAGAGGAAGAGGAGAGGAAGAUAGAGGAGGACAGAAAGGAAGAGGAGAGGAAGGAGGAGGUGAAGAAGAAAGAAGAGAAGAGGAAGAAGGAGGAGGUGAAGAAGAAAGAGGAGAAGAGGAAGAAAGAGAAGGAGAGGAAAAAAGAGAAGGAGAAGAAGAAAGAGGAAAAGAAGGGCUCGCUGCUGACGCGGCACCUGGUGACAGGAGCGUCUCCUGGUGACUCGGGCUCCGUCUCCAUCGCGGCCGCCCGUAGCAACCGCAGCCCCUCCUGCGCCUUUGGGAGACCCCUGCUGCAGCCUCCUUGUCCCCCUGCUGAUGAGGGUGUGGAUGAAGCCUGCCUUGCCCAGGAGGCCCUCAGGGCUGAGCAGCUGGAGGAAGUUGAGAUAAGUAAUCUGCAAGGUGCCCUCGUGCAGGUGGAAGAGGAGACAGCUGAAGCUGCUGAAACUGAUGCUGAAGGUCAUCCCCCCACCGUGGAGAUCAAGGAUGUGGACAGCCCAGAGCGUGCUGUGGAGAUCCACGGCACCUAUGGAGAGCUGCCUGCUGCCGGCGCUCCCAACCUGCUGGCCGUGCCCGGUGCUGCAUCCCCCAGGAGGAAGCAACUGCUCCCAGAGGAUGCUCUGGACAAGGGGCUGGUGAGCCAAUCCCCCAGCCAAGGGCUGGGCUGGGACCAGGAGCAGAGGGAAAGCCUCCCCGAGCGCAUCGGCUCGGCCUCGAGCCUGAGCAGUGCCAUCAUCAACACCCGGCUCCAGGAGCUGGUGAGGCUCUUCAAAGAGAGGACUGAGAAGGUGAAGGAGAAGCUGAUUGACUCUGAUGUCACCUCAGAUGAUGAGAGCCCCGUGGCAUCUCCCACCAAGCCAGCACCUGCAGCAGCAGCAGUGCCUGCCCCAGGAGGGGAGCUGGAAGGGGACAAACCUUUGGGGGAUGACCACUACUGCGAGAUGCUGUGCUGCACGUUCAAGCGCCGGCCCUGGCUGGAGCACCUGAAAAGUUACCAGUUCCCCAGCAGCAUUGACCCCCUGACCAAUCUGAUGUACGUGCUGUGGCUGUUCUUCGUGGUCAUGGCCUGGAACUGGAACUGCUGGCUGAUCCCCGUCCGCUGGGCCUUCCCCUACCAGACCCCAGCCAACAUCCACUACUGGCUGCUGGUGGAUUACCUCUGUGACCUCAUUUACCUGCUGGACAUCCUCAUCUUCCAGACCCGGCUGCAGUUCGUGAAGGGGGGAGACAUCAUUACUGACAAAAAGGCCAUGAAAGAGAACUACCUGCGAUCACAGCGCUUCAAGAUGGAUGUGCUGUGCCUGCUGCCCCUGGAUUUACUCUACUUCAAAGUGGGUGUGAACCCCCUGCUGCGCUUCCCCCGCUGUCUGAAGUACAUGGCCUUCUUCGAGUUCAACAACCGCCUGGAGGCCAUCCUGACCAAGGCAUACAUCUACAGAGUGAUUCGCACCACUGCCUACUUGCUGUACAGCCUGCAUGUGAACUCCUGCCUCUACUACUGGGCAUCAGCCUAUGAAGGACUGGGCUCCACCACCUGGGUCUAUGAUGGGGAAGGAAACAGCUACAUCCGCUGUUACUACUGGGCAGUGAAAACCCUCAUCACCAUUGGGGGCCUGCCAGACCCCAAGACCCUGUUUGAGAUCGUCUUCCAGCUGCUGAAUUACUUCACAGGGGUCUUUGCUUUCUCUGUCAUGAUAGGGCAGAUGAGAGACGUGGUUGGUGCUGCUACUGCAGGACAAACGUACUAUCGGAGCUGCAUGGACAGCACCAUUAAAUACAUGAACUUCUACAGGAUCCCCAGGGCAGUGCAGAACAGGGUGAAGACGUGGUACGAGUACACAUGGCACUCCCAAGGCAUGCUAGAUGAGUCAGAGCUGCUGGUGCAGCUGCCAGACAAGAUGAGGCUGGACAUCGCCAUCGACGUGAACUACAACAUCGUGAGCAAAGUGGCCCUUUUCCAGGGCUGUGACAGACAGAUGAUCUUUGACAUGCUGAAGCGGCUCAGAUCGGUGGUGUACCUGCCCAACGACUACGUGUGCAAGAAGGGAGAGAUCGGCCGGGAGAUGUACAUCAUCCAGGCGGGACAGGUGCAGGUGCUGGGGGGACCCGACGGCAAAUCCGUGCUGGUGACUCUGAAAGCUGGAUCUGUCUUUGGGGAAAUCAGCCUGCUGGCAGCAGGAGGGGGAAAUCGCCGCACAGCAAACGUCGUGGCCCACGGCUUCGCCAACCUUUUUAUUUUGGAGAAGAAAGACUUGAACGAGAUUUUGGUGCAUUACCCGGAGUCUCAGAAGCUGCUGCGCAAGAAAGCCAAGAAAAUGCUGAGAAGCAACAACAAACCCAAAGAUGAGAAGGGAGGCCCCGGAGAUGCCCUGGUCAUCCCCCCGAAAGCUGAGACCCCAAAGCUGUUCAGGGCUGCCCUGGCGGCCACGGGGAGGAUGGGGGGCAAGGGGCCCCUGGGGCGGCUCCGCUGGAGGCUGCGGGAGCUGCAGGAGCUGCAGGCGAUGCAGGAGGCGCAGGCGAUGCAGGAGGCGCAGGGUUCCAGUGUCAGCCCAACCCCACCGAAGUCACCAGUGCACCAGAGAUCUCCUGUCACAUCCCGCAGAGCACAAACCCGCCCGGGAGAGGAAAUAUCCUCAGAAUCUUCUGAUCAUUCAGUCACCAUUCGUGUGAUUUCCACAGCAAAAGAGGAUGAGGAAAUCCUUGCUGCUGAGAUUUCAGAGAAAGAUGAAAAGAAAGAAGAGCAAUGAAACAGCAGCAGGGCCCAGGGCAGGCGUAGGAGUCAGGCAAAUGCCUGGGCCAGCAGAUUUUUGUUGUUAAUGAUUUCCAUGCAGUGGCUGUAGGUUUUGCUAUGUGCUGUGGGUAGGAUCUGCCUCUUUCUUCUGCCCAGACCCUCAAUCACUGCUGAUAAAACCCUCUGCCAUUUGACCCAGAACCAUGUAAGGUUCCUCCACUCUGCAGAUCUAUUGAGCACCUUUAUGAAUUCCCCACUAAAUCUCAGGUCAGCCCUCUUGCUUUGAAAUCUGGCCUUGUGGAAGGAGAGCUAUGUAAAAAUUGCUUUUUAUGGCUCUGGAUGGUUAAUGAGUGUUCAGACAAAGCAUGAAGAGUUAUUCACCUCUGACAGCUGAGUCACCACUUGGCUAGAAAAAACCAAGGGGAAAAAAAACACAACAAGGUUUCUCUGUUGGGCUCCUCAAGGUUGACAGCAGCACUGGGGAGUGAUUCAUCUGAAAAGGAUGUGGGCUAUGCUCACAGGCCAAGCUUGAUUUGCUCACAGAUCAAGCUGUCAUGAGAAUGCCAAGCUCUGUCCCCAAGUGCACAGACUGCAAGAUGCCUGAGGGUCCCCUCGUGGUGCCAGGACCACCUUGGCUUUGCCACUGGGAAGAAUUCCUGCUGGGAAGGUGGUGGGCUCUCCAUUACUGGGGGGGCUCUUUUGGGGAGAUUUGAUGAGCAUCUUUCAAGGAUAGAGAAGCACAAUCCUGGAUGAGAUGGAUGUUCCUGGAGUUCUUUUCCAACCUUGGGAUUUUUCUGUGCUGCCACUGCUGGCAGUGAUAAACAGAGAGCAGGAAGGGAGAAGCAGAGUUGGCUCCCAGCUGGGAGGGGAAAGAGCAGUGCAGAAAGAGCCCUCCUGUCCCAGACAGUGCUUCAGAGUCAGCUCUGAGCCUGCCAUGUGCCCUCAAGCAUGCAUGAGCAUGCAGGGGCUCCCCUGCACUCCGUGCUGGACCUCAGUGGCAUCCUGUUACAGGAGCCCCCUCGAGCCAGGUCUCACCAGCUCUCAGAGGUCUAUAACACACCCAAGAUAGCUCAGCUACCUUUGGAGGCAUAAAAAUCAGCAGGAUGGCUUCUGUUGCAGUGUUGGAAACGAAAAGGUUUAAUAAAAGGCAAAAAAAUAGCAAACAGAGAAAAACCAAGCCAGGUGCAAGAGGUUCUUGUUCCUCAUAAAACACCUCACAAGAGCAAUUACUUUCUCUGUUCACUUCUUUUUCUAGUCAAUUGCCCAAGUGAGACUUUUUGGCUUCUGUCCAAUUAGCUGUCCUUGAGUUUGGGGGGAAGUCCCCUAAGCCUAUGAGGUGGCUUUUCACCUCAUUGAGGAGAGAAACUUCUGGGCUUCUUUCUUUUGAGGGGACAAAGGAAAAUUUUGCCACUCCAUCAACAGGGGUCACAUUCCCACAGCAUCCCCAUUUCCAGCAGGCAAUUCCCAGCCCUUCAGCCACCUCAGGCUGGCUGCUGGCCACAUUUCCCAGGAGAGAGAAGCCACCCUGGUGCUGCUCAGCUCUGAAGUCAUGAAGUCACUGUCCCACUGUGCUGGGGCCGGGUGCUGGAGGGGAAGGCAAACACCUGCUCAGCACCCAGCUCAUGGCUCAAGGUGCCCCAGCUCCCUCCUCAUCCUCCUCCAAGGCAGCGCCCAGCAGAGUGAGCUGAGAGGUGGUGAGGAGCAGUGCAUGAGGUGGUGCUGGGUGAGGUUUGCAGAUCCUCCCCAAGUUUUUGGCUGUCCAUGUUCCCACAGAGGGGAGCCACUUUCCAUCCUCGGGAGGAGAAGCUGGGGCAGGUUUUGCUGCAGGGAGCAGCCCUGUCACCGUGGCCAAGGCGCUCCCCAGGUGUUCAGCAAACGCAGGGAGCAGUGCUGCAGGUUCCACAGGUCUGGCUGGGACACAGGGAAGGGUGGCAGGGCUGCUGGCACCCCCUGGCUGAUCCCUCUUCCCAUCCAGGGCUGACCUUCCCCUCCUUUGGGAUCUCCUUUUGCUGCUUUUUCCCCUCCUCUCUUGCAAAAUGUAUGGGUUUCUGUGGCAAAAAAUAAAGGCAGAAUAGGUGUUAGCAUUAGUUAAUAAUGCCUUGCUUUCUUUUUAAACAAAUUUAAUGAGCUCCACUGUACUGCAGAAGGGUCUGAAGGAUCACAUUGCAGGGGAGAGCCUGCACUCACCCAAACCUCCCUGAAUAUUUCUCAUCCUCAGACAUUUGCAAGUGGUUUCCUGCCAGCUAGAAGAUUUUGAUGGGGAGUGAAAAGUUGUGGGUUUUUUACACUCUUUAAAUAUUUAUAUAAUCAAACCAGGAAACGUGCAAAAAUCGCACUGGGGCUCUGAUUUACUUCUAUGAUUUAAUAUUCUUUAGAAAAAGCAUUUAAAUAAAUAGUGGGCUGUAAUUGCUCUCAUAAUUCACUGUAUCUACAAUAAACACCAUGUAGAUUAC